AUGACCUCACUCAAUCUCAACCCAAAGAAGUUCCUCAAGGCUUUUCUCACCAACUAUCAUACCAAUGUGAAGAUCUGCCAUGCGCUAUGGCGUUCCCCCGAGGGAUGGCAAUUGACCAGGGAGAUCUUGAAUGAAAUCGGCAAGAAAGUGGUUGAAAAUGGCCACAAAGGAAGCUUCAUCACCGUAUCUUUCCCUUGCACGGUUUUGGAUCAAUGA